CGUCGUUCCUCUGAAACAAGAGAUUCAAGACCAAGGCAUGUGCACCCUCGCCAUCACAUUCAAGGGCGAUCCAGCGUCGACAAGCAAGACACCCCCGAACAACCAAGAACCAGGGCGCAAGCCGAAGUUCGGAAAACCAGAAGCGGUACAGAUCGAUCACACUCCGCACGCGACAUGCUCAGUGGCGAUGAGCGUGAGCGCCGACCUCUGGCACCGGCGCCUCGGCCACAUCAAUCCACGUGCUAUGGAGAUUUUGCGGCGCAACCCCGCCACAGGCCAACUCGUCCAGUUCGACAACAUGGGACCAAUCGACCCGCCUGCGAAGUACAACGGACGCACCUACUCCUAUGUCGCCAAAGCGACCGACGUCUUCACCAGAAUGCGGGAAGUGUACCUACUGCGCGACAGGACCGAAACCACGCAAGGUCUGCAAGCCUACAACAUGCAAGUAGCAUCUGAAGGAUACCGCAUCGAGGUUCUACGCUGUGGCAAAGGGGGAGAGAGCACUGGGGAAGAAAUGCGCAACUACUGUAGGGAGUCUGCGAUCAAGCNAUGUGUCGCCAAAGCGACCGACGUCUUUACCAGAAUGCGGGAAGUGUACCUACUGCGCGACAGGACCGAAACCACGCAAGGUCUGCAAGCCUACAACAUGCAAGUAGCAUCUGAAGGAUACCGCAUCGAGGUUCUACGCUGUGGCAAAGGGGGAGAGAGCACUGGGGAAGAAAUGCGCAACUACUGUAGGGAGUCUGCGAUCAAGCUGGAAUUCGCCGCGACCAACACGCCCCAAGAAAUCGGAGUGUCAGAAAGGGAUGGCCAGACACUUGCGGCUGUGACUCGAGCUCUACUGCGCGAUGGAGACUUCCCAAAACACAUGUGGGGGGAGCUCAUGAUGACUGCAGCAUACCUGACCAACAGGACCCCACACGCGGCGCUAGGGGGAGCCACGCCGUAUUCCAAGAUGUACAACACAACCCCGGACCUUUCUCGACUUNUUCCGUACCUUUCUCGACUUCGUGUCAUCGGCGCCCGCGCGUUCGUUCAUCACGAGCGAUACAAGAAGAAGCUAGACGAUCGGGCCUUUGAAGGCAAGCUCUGCGGUUACGGACCUGACAGCAACACGACGUGAUGAACUUCACGUCAUUGCUCGGACGCCGU